UUGCCUACUGUUGACUUACAUAUUGACAAUAUAUUGUCCCUACAAUAAUUUGAUAUUCUGGGUUACGUCCAACCUACCAAACUGAAAAUAAGCUAAUUCAAUUGUAAACUGAAUGGUGUGGAAGUUUGUUAAAAAUCAUAUUCAUAUAAAUCGUAAGAGAACUGUGAUUUGACAGUUUGACACAUUACCAAUUCCGUGUAAGUGAAUCAAUGGCUUUGCAUUGUAGAGUAUCAUAUGUCACUGGCUAGUUUGCAAUUGCUACAUGUAGGGAAGUGAACACGACUUCCUCCUUCCCAGCCCUAUGGCUUUUCGAGUGCUCGCUGACUCUGUGAGCCACGAAGAAAUGUGGCGAGUGUAACAGAAAAAGGGCUUGUGGACGCCGAGUUAUUUUUUCAGCUACCCGCAAAUGAAACUUUGCGGGUGUUGACUCCAAUAUUAUUUCUGCGGACUAUUCAGCCCUUUGCUCAGCAGCGCGCAGCAGUGAAUACUAUGGCAGCAACCAAGCCUUCUCAGAACCAAGUUUAUGGAAGGAUAUAACGGGGAGGCCUGACAACUCUUCAAACUUCUGGGCGACAGCAUAAUAAGGCGUGAAAAUGAAGAAGCAAUUUAAUCGAAUGAAACAGCUCGCCAACCAAACAGUUGGAAGAGCUGAGAAAACUGAGGUGCUGAGUGAUGAUCUUCUCCAGAUUGAGCGUCGGAUGGAGGCCGUGCGGUCCGUCUCGCACAACGUGCACAAGAAGAUGCUGGCCUGCCUGCAGGGUCAGGUGGGGGCCGACGUGGACAAAAGACACAAAAAGCUUCCCAUCACUGCCCUCGCACAGGCCAUGAAGGAUGGGAGCGGUCACCUGGGUGACGACUCUCUGAUUGGUAAAAUGAUGGACCUCUGCGGAGAAGCUGAGGACCAACUGGCCUACGAUCAGUCUCAACAUGAGGUGCAGAUUCAGAAGGACAUCCUGGACCCUCUAAACCAGCUGGCUGAGGUGGACAUUCCCAACAUACUUAAGACGAGAAGGCAGUUAGCCAAGCUGGUGUUGGACUAUGACUCUGCAAAAGCCCGACACUAUCAGGCCAGCAAGUCCGCCAACCAUCACGCCCUGGCAGCAUCCAAAGAUGAGAUGGACGAGGCCCGGAACAAAGUGGAGAUCUGCAAGGAUCAGCUGGCUGCAGACAUGUACAGCUUCUUCUCAAAGGAGGGGGAUUAUGCCCGCUAUUAUGUCACGUUAUUAGAAGCCCAGGCCGACUACCACAGACGAUCGCUAGCCGCUAUUGAAAGAGUCCUUCCCAGCAUUCAGUCCCAGCAAGACUCGUGGACGGAGCAGCCCGCCUUCGGCUCGGCCCUGGACGACCACCUGAAGCGGAGCGGCCGGGACAUCGCCCUGCCCCUCGAGGCCUGCGUGAUGAUGCUGCUGGAGACGGGCAUGAAGGAGGAGGGUCUCUUCCGGCUUGCCGCAGGGGCCUCCAAACUGAAGAAGCUUAAGGCCGCUCUGGACUGUUCCACGUCCCAGCUGGAGGAUUUCUACUCCGACCCCCAUGCCGUGGCUGGAGCCCUGAAGUCUUACCUGAGGGAGCUGCCUGAGCCUCUCAUGACCUUUCACCUCUAUGAUGACUGGCUCCAAGCAUCAAGCGUUCCAGAUCCAGACAAACGGCUCCAGGCGCUAUGGGUGACCUGUGAUAAAAUGCCAAAGAACCACCAUGCCAAUUUUAAGUAUUUGAUUAAGUUCCUGGCUAAGCUUGCUCAGGACAGUGAUGUGAACAAGAUGACUCCCAGCAACAUUGCCAUAGUGUUGGGACCAAACCUCCUCUGGGCUAAAACCGAAGGAUCUCUGGCCGAGAUGGCAGCAGCAACCUCGGUCCAUGUGGUAACCAUCAUCGAGCCCAUCAUUCAGCACGCGGACUGGUUCUUCCCCGAUGAGGUGGAGUUCAACGUGUCGGGCAUGUUCACCGCGCCCGCGCACCCGACCGGCCACCCCGGUUCCCCGGGCCCCCUGGACUCGGACGCGCCCCCCACCCUGGAGCGCCGACGGCCGGGCAGCAUGACGGGGCCCCCCGCGAGCGGCGAUGGCGGCGGCGGCGGCGGUAGCAGCAGCAGCAGCGGCAGCGAGAGCCAGCGCAAAGACAGCCCCGCUAGCAAACAGCCCGAGCCCGUGCGUCGAGUCAGCAACUCUAUCCGAAAGCAGCCGUUCGCCUCGCCGCCCUUCCAGCCUCCGCUGCCCCCCUCCGCCGAGGAGGAGGCCGGGGCCGGGGCCGGCGCCGAGGUCAGCCAUGCCCAGGCCGAGGCCUCCCCGCUGGGCUGGGAGGGCGGCCAGGCCGGCCCGCUGCUGCUGUCCGCCGGGGCUCUCGCGCUUCAAGCUGUGCAGCAGCAGCUUCAGCAGCAUCUCCAGCAGCAGGCUGCUGAGCAGGAGAGCAGUGUGGGUAGUCGGGAGAUGCCCGCCCCCAGCCCGGUGUCCACGCCACAGCCCCAGAGGAACGGGCCGCCCGGAGGGACCCAGGGCCAGCUGAGCGUCGGGGCCCCAGCUGCAGGCUCCAAAGGGCCCAGCCCUGCAUCCAACCGCAGGGGUACAAAGAAGCAGGCCCCGGCUCCACCCAAACCCUCCCAGACGGCCGGUAGUCAGCCCCCUUCGGCCUCGUCCACCCCUGCAGCCUUUCCAUCCGUCACGCCCUGCCGACCCGCUCCCUCUCCCAACCCCUCCUUGUCCUCUUCCUCCUCCUCCUCCUCCGCCCCCAGCCCCGCCCCUCACCCUGUGGCCACACCCCGCCGCCAGUCCAGUUCCCAGUCCUUCCAGUCCCCCAGCCACCCGCCCCCUCAGCCCCCACCAGGCGGCGGCAGCAGCGGCAGUGCCGAGGCUGACCCUUCUCCCCCCAGAACCCCCACCCCGCCGGGCACUCCUCCCCACGAGGUCGGCGGCCACCAGACCGGCUCGCUCCCCAGGCCUAAGCCCGCUCCCAGGCCCAGACCUCGGCCCAACGUGCCACCGCCGCCAAACCCGCCCGCCAAUGGAGUCUGCGGAUCAGCCUCCAAGAUCAUAACAGAUGUGUGACCUACCGCACUGCCUCGAGAAGCGAGGCUCAAUGGCAGGCUAUGAAGGGAAUCUAAAGACGAUGGGGAGAGCUUUCAUUCCUCCCAUCGCAACGGACGAGACGAGUCAGAGCCCUCCCCCGGAGCCUGAGCCCCAACCAGAAAGCACCGCCCUGUGACAGACUUGCACUCUAGCCAAUCACUGCUCCCCCUAAAUCCCCAUCAGAGAGAAUCCAGCCAGUCCCCCACCACCACGUAUCCUAUCCCAGCUGGAGCCCAAGGCCUGUAAAUGUUGCACACAGUGCUUAAGAAGCUCCCCAUCAUCAUCUGGACCCCUUUCUGGUGGAUGUGAAUGUUGAUAUAUCUGUAAUUGUGUCUGAAUGUGAUGUCUCUGAAUGUGUUACACACACACACACACACACACACACACACACACACACACACACACACACACAUUGAAUUUCACUCUUACCAUUUGCCCUUGCCAGUUCCUUUCUUAUUGGUAUUAUUAACACGAUAAUUUCUGUGAGUGGCACCACUUUGGGUUGUGGUGUAUUUUGCAGCUUGAUGCUUUUAACUAAGUGCUUUUUUGAACGAUGUAUAUUGAAUAUACAUAGGUCUGUUGAACAGGAGAGUAAGGGAAAAGCAAAGCUAACCUGCGGCCAUGUGAGUCCACUGCUUUGCCCAUCCUCCCAUUCCACUGCUGCACUGUGAACUCUCUCUCUCUCUCUCUCACACACACACACACACACACACACACACACACACACACACACACACACACACACACACACACACACACACACACACACACACGUACGCACACACCUUCCAUUCACUCAUUACAUUACAUUCCACUCCUAUUUAGUGCUUGUAAUUACGCAUUUUUACGUUUUUCGUGAGAUGGUGAAAUAUUUUCAGAGGCCGCAUCAAGUCAAGCAAGUUUGUUUUCAUAUUUAGAUACAGGUCUGAGAAAAUUACAUUUUUAAAGAAACAUUUAUCUGACCAAUUUAGCUUAUGGUUCCUAAAAGUGGACAGGGGUAAUACGAGAAUAAGAUAUAUCAAAGAUUUUGAAUGUAAUUUUUCCAUUUUAAUAUGAAGCCAAAAGUUUGGUAUAUGAUUACAAAUUGGUCUUUUUAUAUUUGUUACUUGAUCUUUUUCCUGUCUUGUACUGUAUGUAUGUAUUCAGUUCAGUUUCUGUUCACCCAAAAGAGGAAUCCUUCCUCUUUUGGGUUUUGAGUUUGGUUAAACUCAGGACUAAAAAUAAGACAUGGCCUAAAUAAUUAGUCAUCCUUUCAAAUGUGAUGUUGAGUAUUAGAAAAACAAAAUGUCUCUCACGCACCCAAAAGGCUGUCCUUACAUUACUGGUCUUUCAGUUUCAGUGGUUUGUGUAGCUUAUAUAGCCUACAGCAAUACAUAUCAGUAUAUGCACUUGACAUGUUUAAAGGCAAUCAAGCGUCAAUGUCAUUAUUGCACACAUCCCGAGUCAUGAUCACAGUAUCGGAAAUGUCUGUUGUCCAACAUCCGACCUUGUCUUUACUGGCAGAAUUAUGUGCAAAGUGUGUGUUUGCACUUGAAAAAUGUAAAUACUGGCAAUGGCAGAACUGGUUAUGCUAGUAGUAGAAAAAACUGAUCUUCACACAGCUCAGCUGGAAAAUGCACAUGAUGUUUAAUGCCAAAGAGAUUCUCAGAUAUUCAGUCCUAGCAUACCUCUCAGUGCACUGGUGUCAUUCGAUCGUCAUUGUUGUGAUCGUUUUGCUAUGAUUGCAAUUGUAGUGACCAAAGCUGUGUUUUGUUUUUUUUUCAAUCUGUUUCCAUUCUAUGCACAUAUAACCUGUACAAAUGCUUGAGAAGAAAUCCAAUUAAAGAAUGUCAUUCAAGUAA